AUGUCUUCCUCCAACAACAGCGAUGGCUUUGCAGACAUUGCAAUCGUCGGCGACACGCUCAAAAUCGUCUCGGAUAAAGAAGAAGAACUCCUCGAACCCUACGCCAAAUUCCGAGAAUCACCUCUCAACGCCCUCCAAGAACUCGGCCUCCACGUUCUGGGCACAGCAUGGCGAUCCUACGACAAGGUCAUCGGACCCGACAUCUUCUACUCCGGCUUCAGCGAAAACAUGAAGAGCAAAGUCCUGAAGCAACCCAUGCUUCAACAACGAAUUCGAGAUCUGGCGAAAAAGAGAGUGGAAGUCGAGUUACAUGAAGGUCUUCUGGGCGCUACAGGUCUGCAGGGUGAAGAGGAUUCCCAGAGAUUCCGACGCGCUCAGAGGAGGAAAGAAUUGGAGGAACAGCUGAAAGAUGUCGCGGACGAAUGGACGGAUAAUAUGAUUUGUAAAAUGGAAUCUCGGACGUUCAUUCGUGGCGCGUAUUAUCUUGCCACGCAAUUGAUUACGCGAGCGUAUCAUCAGGGAAUCCAUGUUUCGAGUCAGGAGGUUUUGCAUUUGAGGGAAGUCGCGAAAGAGGCGGAGAGGAAGAGACAGAGUAUUGUGUUCCUGCCGUGUCACAGGAGUCAUGUCGAUUAUGUCUCGUUGCAGUUGAUAUGUUAUCGCUUGGGACUGGCUUUGCCGACGGUUGUUGCGGGGGAUAAUUUGAAUUUUCCACUCGUCGGCCCUUUCUUGCAGCAUGCUGGGGCGAUGUGGAUUCGCAGGAGUUUUGGUGAUGAUCAGUUGUACACGACUUUGGUGCAGAGUUAUAUCGACACGCUUCUGGAGAAUGGGUUCAAUUUUGAGUGUUUUGUCGAAGGCGGGAGGUCGAGGACGGGAAAGUUGUUGCAGCCGAAGUUUGGGAUUCUGAGCUUUAUACUGGACAGCGUGCUCAGUGGACGGGUAGAGGACGCUCUCAUCUGUCCGGUGUCGACGCAGUAUGAUAAAGUUAUCGAGGUGGAUUCAUACAUCAGCGAGCUUUUGGGGCAGCCGAAGAAGAAGGAGGAUCUCUCGCAGUUCUUGUCUGCGUCGAAUGUUUUGUCGCUCAAGCUCGGACGGGUCGAUGUCAGAUUUCAGAAACCUUGGAGUUUGAGAGAGUUUAUCAAUGAGCAGAGGAGCCGGCAAAGUCUGAGCACUGAAGUCAUGUAUGAUGCGGCCACGAAGCGACGACUACUGACAACUUUCGGGUACAGGGUUUUAUCAGAAAUCAACGAUGUGUCCGUGGUGAUGCCGACAGCUUUGGUUGGCACUGUCCUCCUGACCUUAUCUGGAAGGAGUGUUGGCCGUAAAGAGCUCAUGAAGCGAGUGAUCUGGCUAAGUCUGCGUGUCAGAGCACAAGGCGGCCGUGUUGCUCAUUUCGCAGAAGACACCGUCGAAGCAGUCGUUGACAAAGCUCUGGGUGUUCUGGGGCCGAACCUCGUUGGCAGAGUGGAAGAUCUACCCGAAGAGAUGUACUACGCCGAGGACCGCUUCCAGCUCAGCUUCUACAGAAACAUGACCAUCCAUCUCUUCAUCUCACAGGCCUUGGUGUGUGCAGCCAUGUACACUGUCGUCAAGCUCGGCGGCGAUUCACGAAUAUCAUAUCAACACCUCUACGACUAUGUCUUCUUCCUCUCCCAACUCUUCAGAGAAGAAUUCAUCUUCCCCACCUCACCGCUCGAAGAGAAUCUACAAACCACUCUCCAGGGCCUCGUCAAAGACAACGUCCUCACAACCAUGCAAGACCACACCGGCAAGAUCGCCUUCGUCACAAUCAGCCCAGCCGAAAAAGACCUCGACAUGGAAAACUUCGACUUCUACUGCUACCUCAUCUGGCCCUUCAUCGAAGCCUCCUGGCUCGGCGCCAUCAGCCUCUUCAUGCUCCGCCCCCCACCCACCCAAUCCUCGACAGAAUCCUGGCUCGACCUGAAAACAGUCCAAGACAAAGCCCAACUCCUCGGCAAAACCUUAUACCACCGCGGCGACCUGGGCUACUACGAAGCCGUCAACAAAGAAGCGCUGAAAAACGCUUUCGCUCGUUUCGAGGAAGAAGGGAUUUUGAUCGUCACCCGUCCUACCAAGGUUCAGAAUUCUCCUCAACGCGUGAGGUUGGAUCCCGAGUGGUUGCCGGCUGAGGGGGUAGAGACUAAGGGGAGGCUGUGGGGGUUUGUUGAGAGGAUUAAUCUUUGUCGUCGUGAUUAUCGGGGGAAGAAGGAGGGGGGGAGUGUUAGUAGGAGGGUUCUCGGAGUUGUGGGGUUGAUUGGUAUGGGGCUUUGGGAGACUGCGGCUGGGGAGGGGGUUGGGGAGAGUACUAGGAGGAGUAGGAGGAGGAGGUUAGGGGUGGGGGGAAGGGAGAAGUUGUGA